CCAACGCGGAAGUUCAGUGAUUAAGUUGUGAACUUAAAUGAUACAAGUUUUAAUUAAAUCUUUACAGCCGUUUAACUUACGAUAGCAAUACCGACUUCCCCAAGUAGAGAUGAAGAGAAAACUGUUUCCCCUGCUGGUGGGCGGAGUCUUCUGCGUGGUCGUGAUGUCACUGUACCGCAUGCUGGAGAUGAUGCAGGGGGCUGAGCUUCAACAUCUGGAGGCACCUGCUGGACAGGAUUUUUACCGCCUCCAGCAGCAGAUCGACAAGCUGGAGCGUCUCCUUAGCGCCAACAACCGGCUGGUUGUCACGCUGCGCGACUCACUGCUUCACCGCCAAGCACCGCAGGGGGGAGGGGGCGCAGUCAAUGUGAGCGCAGGCUCCGCCCACAGCCCAGCUGACGCCCCACCUGGCUGUCGAUUGGCCCAAGGGAUGAAGGGCAGAGCCGACGGAGUGCAGCUGCUGGACGUUUACAACCUGCUGCCGUUCGACAACGCUGACGGCGGCGCCUGGAAACAAGGCUUUGAGAUCAGUUACCGCGGCAACGAGUGGGAUGAGCAGCCACUGGAGGUUCUCCUGGUUCCUCACUCACACAACGACCCCGGCUGGUUGAAGACAUUUGAAAAUUAUUAUCAGGACCAGACGAGACACAUCCUCAACAACAUGUUGAUCAAACUGACUGAAGACAGCAGGAGGAAAAUGAUUUGGGCAGAAAUCAGUUAUUUCUCUAAAUGGUGGAACGACAUCGACGAGCAGAAGAGAGAGAUGGUCAAACGCCUGGUGGGGGCGGGGCAGCUGGAGCUGGUGACGGGCGGCUGGGUGAUGGCCGACGAAGCAAACUCUCACUACUUCGCUCUGCUGGACCAGCUGAUCGAGGGACACCAGUGGAUCCAGCGACACCUGGGUGUGCGGCCGAGAAGCGGCUGGGCGGUGGAUCCGUUCGGCCACUCCCCCUCCAUGGCCUAUCUGCUGAAGGGGGCGGGGCUUAGCAACAUGGUCAUCCAACGCGUUCACUACGCCGUCAAGAAGCACUUCGCCCAGCAACAGACACUCGAGUUUCUAUGGCGACAGAGCUGGGACUCCUCCCCCCGCAGCGACAUCACGUGUCACAUGAUGCCGUUCUACAGCUACGAUGUGCCGCACACGUGCGGUCCGAACCCGGCGGUUUGCUGUCAGUUUGAUUUCCACCGGCUGCCGGGGGGGCGGGCCAUGUGUCCAUGGAAGAAAUCCCCUCAGCCAAUCACAGAGCAGAACGUCCAAGAGCGAGCGCUCCUCCUGCUGGAUCAGUACCGUCAGAAGUCCCGUCUCUUUCGCUCUCACGUCCUCUUGGUCCCGCUCGGCGACGACUUCCGCUUUGUGGAGGCGAGCGAGUGGGACGCUCAGUCCGGCAACUACCAGAAGCUCUUUGACUACUUCGACCAGCACCCGGAGCUCCACGUCAAGGCUCGCUUCGGGACUCUCUCAGAUUACUUCGAGGCUCUUCAUCGCCGGCUGGACGCGAUGGGAACGGCUCUGCCGGCGCUGCGCGGCGACUUCUUCACCUACGCCGACCGAGACGACCACUACUGGAGCGGCUACUUCACCUCCAGACCGUUCUACAAGCGGCUGGACAGGACGCUGGAGGCCACGCUCAGAGCGACAGAAAUCCUCUUCAGCUUGGCAUUGGCUGAAAUGCGCCGUUUCCGUGGCGACGGACUUUUGGUCGCCGAUUUCCCUGUGCGUGAACACUUUCGGCGUCUCACGGCAGGGAGGCGGAGCCUAGCGCUCUUUCAGCACCAUGACGGUAUAACCGGCACCUCCCGCGAUCCCGUAGUGGUGGACUACGGCACCAGGUUGUUUCACUCCAUCAUGAACCUGCGCCAGGUGCUGCAGAGCUCCGCCCACUGGCUGCUCCUACUGGACAAGAGCCAGUAUUAUCACAACCAAUCAAAACCCUUCAUGCAAUUGGACGAUGUGAUAUCGGCACACAACGCUCUGCCCCUGAAAACGCCGCUCGCGCUCAGCAAUGAGCCCAGGUCGUUGAUCAUCUUCAACCCGACGGAGCAGCUUCGAUCCUCCGUCAUCAGCGUCGUGGUCGACUCUCCGGACGCCGACGUGGUCGAUGCAACAACGGGUCAACCAAUGGCUGCGCAGAUCUCCGCAGUGUGGGCGGAGCCGACCCAGGCGUCCACGGAACAAUUCCAGCUCGACUUUGUGGCUGAACUUCCUCCUCUGUCACUCGUUGUGUAUCAUGUGACCAAAGCCUCUUUUGGCUCCGCCCACCGGGCUCGGUACACCUUUCAUCGCCGCGGCAACCCGCCAGCCGUCCAGUCCGAACACUUCCAGGUGUCCGGCCUGGAGAGACCGGAGGCCGACGCCCCCCUGUCGCUUAGCAACAAGCACAUCAGCAUAUGGAGCUCGCCGGAGACCGGCCUGCUGCAGAAGCUGCGUCUGCUGCCCGGUCCGGUCCGGGAGGUCCAGGUCCAGUUCCUGUGGUACGGGACCCAGAGGAACCAGGACAAGAGCGGAGCCUACCUGUUCCUGCCGGGGGAGGAGGGGGCCCAGCUCUACUCGUCCUCAGAGCCCCCUCUGGUUCGGGUCUCCAGAGGUCCAGUCUUCUCUGACAUCACUUCCUGUUUCCGACACUUCACACACACGGUGCGGCUGUACCACCUGGACGGGCAUGCUGGGAGAUCCCUGGAGAUUUCCAACAUGGUGGACAUCAGGUCAGAGUUCAACCGAGAGCUUGUCAUGCGGCUCGUCAGCGACGUCGCCAACGGCAACCGUUUCUACAGCGACCUCAACGGUUUCCAGAUGCAGCAGCGGCGGACCCUGCAGAAGCUGCCCCUGCAGGCCAACUUCUACCCGAUGACCUCGGCGGCGUUCCUUCAGGACGCGACGAGUCGCAUGUCGCUGCUGUCGGCUCAGAGUCAGGCCGUCGCAUCGCUGCGACCGGGGGAGCUGGAGGUGGUGCUGGACCGGCGGCUGCAGCAGGAUGAUAACCGCGGCCUCGGUCAGGGCGUCACCGACAACAAGCUGACAGCGAGUCUCUACCACCUGCUGCUGGAGGACAGGAGGGGCGGGGCUGAGGAAGUAGGAGGAGCCUCAGUUGAACACAUGUCGCUGCUCGCCCACCUGACCUCACUGUCCCUUAAUCACCUGCCAAUCACCAUGGUCGCGCCUAGCGACAGCCAAGUGCCAAAGCUCCGCCCCUUCCUGCCCCUCCGCUCAUCACUGCCGUGCGACGUUCACCUGCUGAACCUCAGGACGCUGGAGGACUCACAGGAAUCAGACAGUCCGUCACAGGAAGUGGCUCUACUCCUCCACAGGAAGGGCUUUGAUUGUAGCUCCGCCCCCCAGGCGCCAUUGCAGUGCACGUGGAGUGCGCAGGAGGAGGUGGAUCUGGACCGUCUUUUCUCUCCUCUUCGGUUCCAUUCGGUCCGCCGCUCCGGUCUCACUCUGCUGCGGGAAGACGACCAACCAGAAUCCGCCCGGCAACCGGCGCCGCCACACGUUGCCCGCCUCCGACCGAUGGAGAUCAGCGCCUUCCGCGUGGAGGUCGCCUGAAUAAGCAGAACUACAAACAUGAAACAUGAACGUCUGAAUUACACUGAUUAUUGUUUAAUGCCAAAAGGAAGAGCAGAAGAAUACAUAAAAAAUGAAAUCAUUUUGAACUAAAUGAUAAAGAUAAAUUCAUAAAAACUCUUUUCUCAGAUCCGUAGUUUGUUAAGCGGACGACCCGCUCAAUGUGAAAACAUUCACAUCUCUGUUGUGAAUAUGGAAAUAUCUCUGAUGUCGGUCAGAGGUCAUAGGUCAGAGGGAGAUAAAACUGAAGUGAAGGGAAGUUGCCGUGGCAACAUAAAAGGACCAAACCAGUCAUUAGCUGUCCAAUUAGUAUGCGAGUGUGUUUCCAUGGUUACUGUCAAUCACAGUUUGCUUGAGACUUCCUGCUACUGCUGUUUAGUUUAUUCAAUGAAGUCGUAUGAAAGAAUGUGGUGUUGUGGGUAAAAUUGUAUGCGGUUGUGUAAUUUACAUAUAUAAUUGUGGACGAAUGUCUCCAAAGUGCACAUUUCUAAUUGUUUAAAUAUUGAUUAUUGUUUUGUGUAUUUGCUGUGAACUGAAAUCUUUGGGAAACUACUAAAUGUUCUUGGAAUCUUUUUAAUGGGUUAGGGUUAAGUUUAUUGUUUAUUGUUAAUUUUGGGAAAGAUCUAUGGUUUUAAUACAAAAUAAAUUAUUUUUUAAUUUUUCUUUUUAA